AUGGGCAGUUCGACGUCACCAGAACCCAGUCCUAGCGCGCUCGAUGUGGAUAGAUUUGACUUUCCUGUCGCGCAGAAAGAUUCUGAUGCAGAUAAACAUCGGUUUGAAAGUGGAGGGAGUUUUUAUGAAGACGAAGUUUUGAAAACUGCCAAGAAAGAUAUUGCGGCUUUUCUUGGGUUAGAGGUACGGUCCAUUUACUAUAUUGAAAUUCUUGGUUUUCAAUCACGUGAGAUUGUAGCAUAAUUUGGCUCAAGUGGGAGUCAGUCAUUGAACUGAGGUCAUAAAAAAGUGACCCUUUAGACUUUACAAAUUGUAGCAUAAUUUGGCUCAAGUGGGAGUCAGUCAUUGAACAGAGGUAUAAAAAAGUGACCCUUUAGACUUUACAAAUUGUAGCAUAUUUUGGCUCAAGUGGGAGUCAGUCAUUGAACAGGGGUAUAAAAAAGUGACCCUUUAGACUUUACAAAUUGUAGCAUAUUUUGGCUCAAGUGGGAGUCAGUCAUUGAACAGAUGUAUAAAAAAGUGACCCUUUAGACUUUACAAAUUGUAGCAUAUUUUGGCUCAAGUGGGAGUCAUGCAGUCAUUGAACAGGGGUAAGUGACCCUUUAGACUUUACAAAUUGUAGCAUAUUUUGGCUCAAGUGUGAGUCAGUCAUUUGCAGCUUGAGAUGCAGAUGGAGAACAUGCAAGUACGUGCGCAGAAAGAGUUGGUUUUGCUUCAUCGUGCAUUACAUAAGAACAGAAUAACCAGAACUGUAGAGUGGUUGAAUGCCAGAGGCUGGAUCUCUGCACAUCAUCAUGUAAGGGUUUCAAAUUUGUCUUGGGUUUUCUAUUUGUUUGUUUGUUUGUUUGUUUGUUUGUUUGUUUGUUUGUUUGUUUGUUUGUUUGUUUGUUUGUUUGUUUGUUUGUUUGUUUGUUUGUUUGUUUGGUUUGUUUGUUUGUUUGUUUGUUUGGUUUGUUUGUUUGUUUGUUUGUUUGUUUGUUUGUUUGUUUGUUUGUCUGUCUGUCUGUCUGUCUGUCUGUCUGUCUGUCUGUCUGUCUGUCUGUCUGUCUUGUCUGUCUGUCUGUUUGUAAGUCUAUCUGUCUAUCUGUCUGUCUGUCUGUCUGUCUGUCUGUCUGUCUGUCUGUCUGUCUGUCUGUCUGUCUGUCUGUCUGUCUGUCUGUCUGUCUGUCUGUCUGUCUGUCUGUCUGUCUGUCUGUCUGUCUGUCUGUCUGUCUGUUUGUCUGUUUGUCUGUUUGUCUGUUUGUCUGUUUGUCUGUUUGUCUGUUUGUUUGUUUGUUUGUUUGUUUGUUUGUUUGUUUGUUUGUUUGUUUGUUUGUUUGUUUGUUUGUUUUGGUUUGUCAUUGUCACUACUUGGUCAUUACUUGUUAUUCAGCCUGCUUUAAAGUAUCUGUUGUCUGCCAGCUUGCAAUUUGUUUCUUUGUAACAUUCGCUUACAUUUUCGUCACUAGAUUCGCUGUCCAAAAAAAGUUUUGAGCAGAAAAUCGUUGGUAGAAAAGGUAGAUAUACUCCAUUGUUCAAAGAAGUCCAUGCUUUGUUAAAGCACACUACCAAUUAUUAACUACAAACUAUAGUAAAAAAGUCGCAGUAAAAAGAUUUUAUACAACUAACCUACAAUGGGCAAAAUUGUAACCAAACUAUUUUUUGUUUUUAUUUAGUAUCUUCAUAAUCCUGAUAAUUACGAAAUUCCAGCUCGGUAAGCAUCAGUCGAAUCCUGCCUAUACUCCCAGAACAGGGGUGUUGAAUUUUGGAAAAAUUUUAGUCGCUUAAAGGAUUAGUGUCAGGGUCAUGCAUUGCGGGCUUUUGUUAUUGUUUACAUUUUACUCAAAUACAACAAAUAGCUAUAAAAAUACCUUGUUUGGCACAUUUCUGAUAAAAAUCAGACAAAAAGAGCAAGGAUUAUGAAAGGAUGGUUUAAAUAUAUAUGUCGGAUUGUAAAAACUUUCCAGAUCAUCUAAUCUAUUCGUCCCGAAAAAUGGCCGCCAGCAGGAGUUUGAGCCCGCGAAUUCCUGGUGUGACACUAAUCCUUUAAGUGGCUACCAGCGGAUAAAAUCUCAUUACCAAAUUUAAUAUCAGGUCUCCAUAAAUCAAUGCGUUACGAAGUAUUUUCAUUGUAUUUAGAUAAAAUGAGAAAACAGUAAUAAUGCUGAGUUGGGCCUGGGGCCAGUUGUAUCAUUCAAGCCCGUUUUAAAUUAGCUUAAAUUAACGGUGGAUAAGUCAAAAUUAAACAUCACUCUUAUAUCUCUCGUGAAUCAGUCAACUUAAAUAUUGUGCACUGAAUAUGUAGUUGUAAACAUUAUCGUUCUAUUAAGGUUCAAAACUUUUUGUUUGGUUGUUGAAUGAAUCUAUAAAGGCUUGCUUUCUAUUCUGAGCAUAACCACCGUUUAAGCUAAACGGGCUAGAUACAACCGGCCCCUGUACUCUUUUAAUUUCUAUGCUAACAUCAAUUUUUUAUGGACUCAAUGAUAAUGGUCAAUUUGAUUUAUUUUCAAGUCAUUCAGAUUUCGCAAGGCUUGCUCGGCGUUUAACUGGGACUUCGAUAGGACUUGUUCUCGGAGGGGGCGGUGCAAGGUAGGAGGACAUUAUUACUUACAAAGGAAACGUUUCCAUUUCAAAAUAGUGAUCCUACUCACACAAACUCAUGACGAGUGUUUAGCCAUUGCAUGGAAUUGAUGAUGAAUACCACUGAAAAAAUUAGUGGGUAUACUGAGCGUUGUGUAGCUACUAGUUAGCCUUGCAACUGGUCAUGGUACAGUAUAUGCUAAUAAACGUGCAUCUAAGGUCCCGUUUACAUGAGACCGGAACGAAGUCAAACCUGGACCAUUUUGUUUCGGUCAUAGUAUUAUUUAUAAUAGAUGUUUACAUGAGACCGAGACGAAAAUAACUCGGAAGUCGGACCGGUCUCUAGUCAGAAUGCCUGCUAGACCGAGCCGACUGACUUCAGACCGGCAUGUAUUUAGAUCGACUGGGAUGAAUGUAAACACAAAUUCAUUUCAGACCGGUCUCGGCUGUAACCUUGACAUUGGAACAACACAUGCUAACAAAAGCCAUGUAAAAGAAGAAAAUUGCCUAGCAAGGGAAUAAGUUGAAAAUUUUCUGAUUUUCGUACCGGUCUCAUGUAAACAUGUUAACAAUUUCAAUUUUCAUUUCGGUUUGACUUCGUCCUGGUCUCGUGUAAACGGGGCCUGAAUAGGCUGAACACAAUACAUUUCUAAAGUUUGAAUAAUGCAAAUCAUUAAGCAUGAACUGUGAUGGUGGCUAGCUUUGCCACUGGUGCUAACAGUGUGACCAUAUUCAUUCGAACAACUCCGUAACGAACGCGACCUUCUUCAAAGUUAGCCUUCAAAAAGUGGGGAAGUUAUUACAAUUCGUGUUUCUUGCAUCGUAAAUUUAUUGCAUUGAUCGUAAAUUUUAUUUUUUCCAGAGGGAUAUCUCACGUGGGAAUAAUACAAGCUCUUCAUGAUGCGGGUACGUUUUUGUUUUGUUUUGCUAUCUUGUAUAGUCUCUGUAAACUGAAAAAUAUAGGUAAGACCAUGUAAACUGACAAAUAUAGAUAAGAUUUGGCCGUUGUCUGUUCAGUUACAAACUACGGCAAAAUCUUAUCUAUUUGUUUUAUAUAAUAAAAAGAAAACCACCGAAUUAAACUGGUAAAUAGCUUACACGAUCUAUACAAUAAGGGAACGCUAUUGAAUAAGGUUUUGUGUGACGUGAUUCCGCACGCGUCUGUCCUCUAAUAGAUCAUGGCUCUUCACCAAUGAAAGCGCUUGAAUUCUUAACGUUAUAAUAUAAAGCCGCUUACUUGCUAUUUUUAUGAUUUCUAGAUAUUCCAAUUGAUAUGGUAGCGGGCACAAGUAUUGGCGCAUUUGUCGGUGCAGUUUAUGCAAUCGAGGCAGAUCCUGAGAAAACAGUGGCGAAAUGUAAAGAAUGGUCAAUGGUAAAGAUUUUAGAUUAUUCAAAUUGAUCUUAAUUACAAUAAACAUGGAGAUAGCAUACCAGGCUAAGAAUUGGUUAUAUAACACAUCUGAUAAUCUAUUUUAGGGCAUGACGUCAACUUUCAAAAUGUUACUUGAGCUGAUGUAUCCAUUCACUUCAUUUUUCUCAGGUUUGUUUAUUGCCCACGCCAGGAGUCUUAUUUUGAACUCUGUUUGUUUUUGUUGGGUGUUUUGUUUGUUUGUUUGUUUGUUUGUUUGUUUGUUUGUUUGUUUGUUUGUUUGUUUGUUUGUUUGUUUGUUUGUUUGUUUGUUUGUUUGUUUGUUUGUUUGUUUGUUUGUUUGUUUGUUUGUUUGUUUAUAUUAAAUAAUUUUAAAAAUUAAGAUAUGACAGUUCAAUGAGAGUCUCCGUGCCACAAAAUGCAACUUUUUAGUAUUAUAGUUGUUUGUAUAAUGGUAAAUUGACAGUUACAACUUUUAAAAGUCGCUUUUCACGUUUGAAUUGUCUGGAAUAUUUCACGAGGACAGACAGUGCGCCAAACAUUGCGGAUUUUGACCUAUUGUAUUGUAUAUAUUGUAUUGAAAUUAAAAUUCUAUUUCCCAAAAGGGCUCUUCAACACUCAAUUAUAAUAAUGCUAGAAUUGUGACCUGCAUGUUACGAUGUGUAUAUGCAUGAUAAAAGUUUUCUAUUCUAGGUUCUAAUAGGUAAAAUUUAGAAUGUAUUAAAAUAAUUUAAAUAUACUGUUUUAAAACUUUCUUAAUAGCUGUUCUUUUAGCUAAUACAUAGUGAUAACUGUUCCGUUUAGGCAAUGGUUUUAAUGCGAGCAUCAGAAGUGUUUUUGGUGAAAAACAAAUUGAGGUACAAUCAAACUAAAUUUAAUUCAUUAUGAUCAAAAACAGUUCAAGUACUCUUGAUUGCAUUUAUUCUUGUGUUUAUACGAAGAAGUAAAUAACAUCAGCCCUUUAAGUGGCAAUGCGCCCUACUUUAUUAUUUGAGAGUGCUGCCACUCAAUGGGUUAAAAUUUCUUUCUCCAAUUUUCAGGACCUACUUGUACCAUAUUUUAAUAUAACCACAGAUAUUACAUCAUCAUGUAUGCGUGUACAUUCAAACGGUAAGUGAAAUUGUUGGAGAAUUUUAUAUACCGGCACUUGUUUCCACUUCGUUCAUUAUUUGAAUACAAGAAUUGUAUAAAAUAUAUAAACUGUAAUCAAUUCUAUACAUUGUAAUCACAUAGCAAUUACAAGUAAUUAUAUAAUAAUAAUAUAAUAAUAAUAACUUGAUUUAUCAUCAUCGUGGAUUAAUUUCAAAAAUUAUAAAAAUUAAAAGAAUUAAACUAAAUCAAAAAUUAAACUCAAUCACACUGUACGCAAUCACCAAUCCGUAUCGAAAAUAUGAUUGAUCAUAUCGACAUACCAUGCGAUCAUGUACCAUCAUGCGAUAUUGUCCCUAUUUACAGGUAGUUUAUGGCGUUAUGUUCGUGCGAGUAUGUCCUUAGCGGGUUAUAUGCCACCCCUAUGCGAUCCCAUAGAUGGUCACAUGUUACUGGAUGGUGGAUAUUGUAAUAACCUUCCAGGUAAUAAUGCGAUGUUAUUGUUGUGUAGGCAGUUUAUGGCGUUACGUCAGAGGUAGCAUGUCCAUUUCCGGCGUCUUUCCGCCCUUGUGUGACCCCAGUGAUGGCCAUCUCCUUGUCGAUGGCGCGUACGUCAAUAACCUCCCAGGUAAUAUGCCCUUUUUCGCAAAUGUAGCCAGCGAGCUCUAUAUGUAUACUUGGAACGAGAACUCAUUCGGCCUAUGAGGAAAGUGAAUCUAAGAUGGCAGGAAUUGACGUCCAAUAGCUCUGAAGGUCGUGAACAGUUUUAAUACUAUUUUUCGCAGCUAAUAGACCUUAUCCAUAAUGACGUCACAAGGCUUGAUGGCCACGAGGAAUGUUGGUCUUAGUAGUCAUCGCCUGGGAAAAAUUCGGGUAAUCGUUCCAUGUUUCGCGCACCAAUAUAGUAAACGUUAUGUAAUGGAUAUUAUAGUGUACUGAAAAGUUAACUGGAUACCUCCAUACACGUAUAUACACACCCUAACCUUAAACCUAACCCCUAACCUAACCCCUAAACUAACCCCUAACCUAUAUUGGUGCGCGAAACAUGGAACGAUAACCAAAAAUCGAUAGUGGCCAUUUUGAAUUGCUUAAUUUUCCCGGGCGAGGACUACUAAGACCAGCAUUGCUCGCGGGCAUCAAGCCUUGUGACGUCAUUAUGCAUAAGGUCUACUAAGCAAGUUAUCAUAUAAAACCAUAGUGUUAUUCUUUAAAUCGAAGUCAAAAUACGAAAUUUCUGCCCACUCGUUGCCAGCUUCGUGUAAACCGCGCAGACAAAAGCAAUAGAAAGGGACUGGAACUGACGUCCAAUAGCUCUUCAAUUUCCGCCAUCUUGGCAUCACUCCAGGUAUAUAUGGAGCUCACUGGACGUAGCUUGCACCCCACUGAUCUCAAGAUUAUGACUGGAUAGAGCGUCGUUCUAACUUCAAUGAGCCAUUUUUGAGGCUAGAACAUUUAUAGCAAAAUAUAUUUUGGAAUCUUUCAAGUUGCUUACUCCUUAAUGAUGUUUAAAUUGGAGUCGAGCAAAAUGUCUUUUCGUAUGAAACGUGAAAGAUAUCUUUUACCAAAUCGCCGUUAAUUAUUCUGUGCUCAGUAACAAAUGCACCAUCCAGUUCUAGAGAUGAGAUCAGUGUUGCACUCGCACCAAGUAUACAUUAGCAUUCUGCUUUCAUCUGCACUGGAAUAAAUUGUUCGUACAGAUAUAACGCUAACACGAUCUUUGAUAUGUAAAGGUUGUUUGGUAAGGGACCUUGCAGCGCAGUUAGAAUAAAAGCUACCUUAAAGGCCGAUUUGGACUGCACAACUUUUGCCUAAAACUGUCGCAUGCAACCUGCUUACAACUUGAGUUGUACUGUGUAAAUACAGUAAAUCAAGCACACGUAAGUGAGUUGCGACAACGUAAGUGAGUUGUGUGCUUGAUUUACAUUCAUACAACUCAAGUUGUAGGCAGGUUGCAUGCGACAGUUUUAGGCAUAAAUUGUGUAGUGUAAAUUUACCUUUACGCUGAAAAGACGACACAGCCAUUAAAAGAAUAAAUUCAUAUAGUAUUUAACAACCACGCUGCGCCUUUCCCCUUUCAUCCCUAUUUAUCACCUAUAAUUUUCCCCUAGCCCGCGACUAUUCCGCCUGCAAACUUCGAAAAAAUCUAAAACAAAACACAAAGCCUCUGCGGAGGAGAGUGUAGUAUUUUAGAAAAAAUUGGAGUAAUUAAAUUUUCAUCGGAGUCUUCGACAACCUCCCCCCCCCCCCUGCAUUUGAAACUGCCAGAAGUGGUAUUCUGCAAAUUGACUCAGUACUGAAGUAGCAAUCUUCCCAAACAUAUAAGCCCUGAUUUAACCUCAUCAAAUUGUAUUAAAAUCAUGAUUUAUAAUACAUGACAAGUUUGACAAGUUUUCUUUAUAAUUAUUUAUCCGAAUGAGUUUCUUUAAGUCCGUCUUGUCGUGUUGCCGAUCACUACAAAGGCCUGAUUUCGGGAGCGCUUUUUCUCGUCGAAAAAUUUUGUAAGGACAAAGAUAAAUUAGUGAGUCGAAGCCUGUUGUAUACUUGAAAGUGCGAUGUUUGGGGAAAUUUGAUAGAAUCACUCGUGUCCAACAAUGCGUAUUUCGCAGAUACAAUUUCUUCCGAAGAAUUUCGCUGUCGUGGAAUUAGUCCCUAAAACGUUGUACAAAGAACAUCAGAACCAUGUCAUGUACUUCAAAGAACGUUUUAUAAUUACUUGUUUUUCAUUCGCAUUAAGUCAUGACAAUUUAUAAUUGUAUCCAUAAACUUAUGUUAGCGGCCCUUUGUAUAAGAAAUGCAAACAUGCAGCGCAUAUAUAUCGAUACAACACGAACACAAAUGUAAUGUUACUAUUCUUCAAUAAUGUUACAUGAAAGUUAAUUGGUGUGAAAAAAACUUUGGGUUGAUGUAAAUCAGCACGUAGGAAGUACAAAAAUAAAAUGAUGUUGCAGCGUUAUUUUUUAAACAAAAUUAGAUGUCUAGACGGAGAUUUGUAUGCAAAUCGUGAAAAUUCCAAUCCCAGCUGACCUGUCGUAUAGCAAAACUAGAAUCUUAUCGUGACUCACAACGCUUCUUUGGAAUUCGUAGCCGAGGCUAUGACUUGUCGUAUUUGAGACUAAUAAUGAUUUUAAAAAAAUUCAAAAUUGAAAUGUCGUGGUGUUACUAUUGAGAGGGGGGAGGAAUUCUUUUCGUUUUCUUGGAAUUUUGACUAUUUUUUUUGUAGUAUCAUGUGACACAAAGUCAAGUGAAAUUAUACUUCGCUAUCAGCCGUGACGAUUUAAAAGUGAAAGCGAUAAAACGUAGUUAAAACAUGGAUAUAAGCGAGUUCAUAUUAGAAAUUGGCAAAAAUAUUAAACUAAUAAGUCAAGCCGAGCUACAUUUCCCUCAAGAAUGCACGGUUCCGGAAGAAGAAUGGAUUGCAGGAUUUGUAGAAAGCCCGGAGCAAGAAACUAUGUUGUUGCAGACUGGUAUACACCUUCGCACGGCAGAACAAACACAGAAUAAAGAUGUCGUGAAACUUAAGCGAUUCAACCCAUUUCUCUGGGACAGAGAACCUAAAUGUAUUCCUGGGUGUGUGGCUGGAUGUGCGAAAAGAAGGCGUAGCCUUUCGUCUGACGAAGUCAGAACCAAACCAGAUUUGUUUCUGUGCAAAACUCACCAUGCAAAUUUGACGGAUCUUGUAUCGAAGCACUGCGAAAAUGUCGCAAGCUUCGAGAAGGACAAAUUGAAAGGGUAUACGAGCCUGAUUGGGGUACUUGAAAAAGCCUUUAUGCAUCUUAAGUCAAAUUGGUUGUUCAGAUUAACGACUAUCAAAUACUUACUCGCUGAGGUUUUCUUAAAUACUCGGAAUUUUCUCAUCAUUACAAGUGCGUUGAUGAGUCCCGACGAAGAUAAUACAACAAUCGCCUUGCGUCAGUGUCUGACGAUGUUUAAUAGAUGUUUGGAGAAUGCAGAAUCACUGCCACGUAUGCUUACUGUAUUACAAAAAGUCAUGACUAUGCUUCUGCAAUUUUUCGGUGUAGAGUAUAAGUGGAUCAUAUUGGAAAGAAGAACCCUUCUGAGAAAAGGAUGCUUUGUAGGAGGUGGUAUUAGUAUUGUUCUUGGUAUUGUAGGUAUUGCAGUUACUGCAAAGAGUAGAAAGGAAUUAGUUGAUCGGAAGAUGAUACUUUCCAGUUUGUUGGUGGUCGCUGGAAUUGGCAGUAUUUUAUGGGGGAAAACAAUGUGUAUGCGAGAGCUGAGGCAAUCGGAGGCUGAACGUUGUUUUCCUAUUUUGUAUCGCGCACACGCCGAUGGCUAUGGUGCCCUUACGCUAUGUUACCAUAAUGUAUCGUUAUGAAUUGAAUAACUGACAUUUAAACGCACUACUGUAAUUGUUACCUAGCUAUGUUUCCACAAAGGUGGGCAAACCAGAAAACAUUGAACAGAUUUUCACAUUUAGUAAUAGCUUGGCAGAAGAUAAUCUUCUUAAUUUUCUAUUAAAUUUUAUAUAUUUUUUUAUGUAGUUUCUUUUUUCUUUCUCAAUCGCAAAUUUGUGGGCAGGCUGGGGGGACUUAUCUCUUAACAAUUUUUAGACUCCAAAGGGAGAGGUAUACUAAAUGGCGAAUAGUUAUAAUUUUUCUUUGCGUAGCGUAAAAGUUGGUGGUGGUUUGGAUUUUGAAACAUUGAGGUUUCUGUGAAAUCUUCAGAAUACUUUUGUAAGCGAUUUUUGAUGGGCUUAUACAAGGGAGGGGGCUUAUGUACGGGCGGGCUAAUACAUGGACGUUUGUGUUAGUAAUAAACAAGUCAGAUAUAAACAAGUCAGUCAUAAACAGGAAAAUAAACAUGUAUUAAUAACACGCUUUAAUUCACAUAGCUAUAAAGACGAUGUCAAUGUUUUUAAAUAUCAUUCUCUGCUAUAUUAAAAGACAAUGUAAAUGUUGAAUAACGUAGUGGGCUACUGGGCUUAUAUACGAGGGACUUAUAUUUGGGGGCUUAUAUUCGGGUGGGCUUAUAUCCGGGGGGGCUUGUAUUCGGGGGAGCUUAUAGUCAUAGGUUUACGGUACUACGAUACAGCCCCUCUCCCCUUAUCAAAGAUAUCUUGACAGGUAUUGGUGUUACAGUGGUCAGUGUAUGUACCGUUCACUUAUCUGAGUAAAGGUUGCAUUCCUGCAUAAUUGACCUUUCCGGUAAUUACGUCACAGCUACAUUAUUCAACUUAAGGACCACCUUAAAUGGAAUGGAUUUCAAGUUUUUUCUCACUGGCUAUGCGCAAGAAGCAGAACAUCCUCAUUCAACACAUGCCUAAAUGUUUUGUUUUUUUAUUUUGACCCAUAAAUGUGAGACUAUGCUUUAACACGAAAACAAGGCUAAGGGACCAUGGCCCCUUUGGGGCCCUUAGCCUCGUUUUCGUGUUAAAGCUUAUUCCCUCAUUUAUUGGUCAAAAUAAUAAUUAUACAUCAGGUAUUAUGCUUAUAUUAUGACUUGGCCAUAUUGAAUAGUUUUAUUACGAGUUUAAAAGGAGAAUCUUUUCUAUGUUACGUAACACGCGCUCAAAACUAAUGUUAAUGACUCAAGUUGUUGAUUUUUCCUCCACUUUCUUGACAAACACAAUAUUAAACACGAUUAUUUAUUUUUGUGGGAGAGGGGUUCGGGGUUGUGAAGAGUCCAUUUACAGUAUAUGACAAGCAUCAUGCCUACUCAUAUGUCACACCCUAUUAGCUGCACUGAUUCUGAACUGGCACUGAUAAUCUGACCAAGAUUCACUUGGACAGUCCUAACCUGACCAACUGGAGCACGAAACCCCAGUAUGGACAGUCCUUACCCUGACCAAUCGGAGCGCAAAACCCCUAUGGACAGUCCUUAACCUGACCAAAGGCACAAAACCCAUAUGGCCAGUCCUUAACCUGAACAUGGGGGGUAAACCCCCAUGGACAGUCCUUAAAUUUAGAUAUAUUAUGUGUGACAUAUAUUGAGUCUAUGGGCCUGAAGUUGACAUUUUAUGGAGACUUCAUCCCCACAAAUACACAGAAUGUGUAUUCCCCAUAGACGAACCCGCCCCCCGAAACGUUGUUAGUUAUUUAGCGGUUACCACAUUUGUCAAAGUGGCUGAUACCCCAGAUAGAGUUGCAAGAUAGCUGCUGCCAGAUGACAGUUAGACAUAUAUUUGAGCGUUACCAUCACUCAUACUAUAGCUGGAUAAUCAGGGAGGCCAGAAAAAACCUGGAAUAUACAGGAAACCUGGAUGGGGCCAAGACAACCAGCAGCUUCCCCACAAAGCUUCUAUCUUACAAUUUCUUAAUUGGAGGGUUGGUAACACGACAAACAAAGCUCACCAUCAAGGCACAUAAUUAUUUCUUUUAUUUAUUUAUUUUUUUUUUUUAUGUAAAUGUGUUCAUUAAGACGUUUAUAUAUCUGGAGCGAGAACUUCAGUCAUAUUCUGCCUAUGAGAAAAGUGAAGCCAAAGUGGCGGAAUAAAUUCAAUUGACGUCCAAUAGCUCUGAAGGUUGCAAACAGUUUUAAUAUCAUUUUCCCCAGCUAAUUCCAGUUCUUUCUUAUACGGACAGUUUCGCUAAACAAGUUAUCAGUUCAUAAAACCAUAUAGUGUUGUUCUUUAAAUCGAUGUCAAAAUACGAAAUUGCUAGCUACGUUUUAACCACGCAGACGAAAACAAUAGGAAGGGACUGGAACUGACGAUCACUCCAGGUGAUAAGAGUGCAUGAGAGUUUGCAGUCACGCGACAUUGCGUGGCUGUUCUUGAUGUUUUCCCAACACUAUCAUGUAUUCUAUUUAAGUUAAAACAUUAGUUGCAACAAUCAUCAAACCUUUAUUUUGAUAAUCUAGAGCUUGAAAUGUCCCCUGCAUGUAACUGCGUGACUGCCAACUUAUCAACGAUCAAAUAUCAUUUAACGCUUAUCCGGGUUUUUACUAUAUAUGUAAAAAAAAAUUCAAUGUUUCUAGCAAUGCUUGCUGGUUUCCAAGUGUCAACUUGUAAAAGUCAGUUCGUUUAUGUAACUUUACUAUACUGGCAUACUUCUUCGCGGUGAUUCUAGUACAACGUCACCACGGUCGUUGACAGACACGUGAUAAAGAUAUUCGUUGAGCAUUUUUUCUCUGAUUCGUCGAUUUUCUUGAAUUUGCAUGUUCUGUCUAUACAACUCAACAGCACUACUUCCAAUCAUAAGGCCACCGACAAGGCCCACCAGUGCAGUGACGAGAAUAUAUACGGGGUGUAAAUCAGUGAAUAACAAGCUUCCCACAUAACCAAGCAUAAAACCGCUACCACCUCCCAGUCCCGCGCCAGGGUUUGUCAGGUUGACCCAUUUACAGAUCACACCGAAAGCUGGCAGUACUAUAUUCAUGAUCUCUUGUCUCAUUAUCUUCGUCGGGGUUGAGUAACGCAUUUGUGAUGAUCAGGAAAUUUCGACUAUUUAAGAAAACCUCGGCGAGAAGGGAAUAGGAGUUUUUAAACCAUUUUGAGUUAAGAUACACGAAAGUUUUUUCGAGCUCGCCAAUCAAUCUUGUAUAACCGUUGAAAUAGUCAUUCUUGAAGCUUGCGUCAUCUAGAAUCACAUGUUCUUGUGCACAGCGCCACGAGACACGAUCCUUCAGCGUUUUAAGGUGGGUUUUGCAAAGAAACAAAUCUUGUUUGAUUUUGUUUUGAUCUUUGUCUUGCGAAUGAACAAGAUUAUUUGUUGUUUCCGGACACGCAGGCACACGGCAAGGAAUCGCAGGAUAUGCUACGUACAGAUAGGACGGGUUGAGUCGUUUAAGUACCACGGUCUUCAUACUCUUUGUCUCUUCUGCCGUGCGGAGCUGUAUACGUUUGUUCUCUUGCAUCACCUUCAUCUCGCUUUCUGUUAUCCAUUUCUCUUUCACAAUCGUGCUUUCGUGAGGAAAGUUUAGUUUGGCACCGCUAGUUCGUUCAAUUUCUUUGCCAAUCUCUUCUAUCAACUCGCUUUGGUUAUGCUGCUCCUCAUUUUCUCCGCGUCUGAUGCUUCUCUGUGCCUGUGCCCGAAACUGUUUCUGCUUCUCCAUAUUUGUUUGUGUCUGAUGCUUCUCUGUGGCUGAGAUUGGCAGGUGUGAAAUGAUAUGUGGUGUGAAAAAUAUACUUGUGGUUUAUGUAAAUCAGCGUGCAAGAUUUUCUAUGAAAUGAAAUGAUAUUAAAGCGUUAUUUUUUAAAAAAAAUUUGUAUGCAAAUCUUGAAAAUUCCAGUCGCAGCAGCUGAUUUUGAAAAUUCUAGUCGCAGCUGCAUGCAUGUUAUAUAACUGAACUAAAAUGUUGUCCCGACACGGAACGCGUCAAUUGAAUAUACAGUCAAAGUUAUAUAUGACUUGUCGUAGUUGAGACUAACUAUGAUUUAAGAAGAUUUCAAAAUCUCAGAUCAAAAGAGUAAAAUAUGAAACGUCGACACAAAUGUUGUGAUUUUACUAGGUAGGUUGCUAUGACCAUUUUUGUGUCAUGUGGCAAAAUUUCAAUUGAAAUUACACUAAGCCAUAUACGCGUGAUCUGUUAACACUGCAAGCGAUAAAACGUGGUUAAAGCAUGGAUAUAAGCGAUUCCAUACUAGGUAUUGGCGAAAAAAUUGAACUACUAAGUGAUGCUGAGCUAAACUUCCCUCAAGAAACCACGGUUCCGAUAGAGGAAUGGAUCGCAGAAAACCUGAGGAUAAAGACGCUGGGAGGUAUACCACUCCGCACGGCGGAACAGACACGGCAAUCGUCGUGGAUCGGUUUCUGACUCCUCUUGUAUGGUUUUUGGAGAAUCCAAGUAAGCUGAGAUAUUUUCUUAUAUUUUUUAUGACAUCCGUAUUCCUUUUUUGUGGAAUUAUCUAUCCAUGGGUCCAAGCCCACCUGGAAACUCCCGGCGCGAAAAUUGGACUUGGCGUGGGUAUGAUGCUUCCUCUUCUGGUUGCUCUUCGGCAGAGUGCUCGAGAAUCGGACGUUCGAGUUUGGACGCUUGUUCCACUUUGUUCGGUUUGUUCCUUCGCAGGGUCUUUGAUAGGCAGUGGCGUUUACGAAUGGAAUGAAGACCCUCGCUUCAUAGAACGAAGGCGGCAACAGACUUUUGAAAAUCAAUAUAGAAUUCUAAAACUAUUUCUUCACUUCAUAUAUUAUUUUUUCGGCAAUCUUUCCCUAAAAACCAAACAGAACAAGUAGAACACUGGUGUUAAACUAUCCUGUUGAUGCAUUAAAAACUUAAUGACACUUCCGCACAGAUUUCAUAAAUAAUAAUAGCGAGUCAGUAUAUUUCUUUGUCUUAGAGAUCUGCAGUUCCUUUAAUAUAAAUUGUCUUGAGCUUACUUUAGUUCUAGUGUUCUUCAAUUUCAAACAUUCUUGACAUUUACAGUCACAGCGUUGCAAUGAAAAUCGAACCUCCAGUCCUGCGGUUAGAGUUCGACAGAGCUCGAGUUGGUUAGAGCGCUGCAUCAGAAUCGCAGGGCCGCAUGUUCAAUUUCUGAGGUUCUAUAGUUUCAUUUUUCGCAACUACUCCAUUUCACCGAUCUCUAGGGCUUAUAGCAAAAAUUGUUCCACAGUUGAAUUUAGCAAAAGUGGAGCCACAAUUGUGGCUAACAAUAUCUGUUCGGGUACAACAACCACAUACAGCGCAAAAAUUGACCAUUUUAAUACAAAAUUAUUAUAAAGUUUUGCAAAAUUUGCUUUAUUUACAAAAGUCAUGCAUCAAUGGAUGCAUCAUCACCGGCGCUGUGACGUCAUGUGCAAUGGGUCUAUUGCCCAUGUGGUCUGACCACGUGAUCUGAUCAUGUGAUCAAACUGACCAAAAACGUAAUGGCAAAAACGUAACUAAUAGAUGUGCUAAAUGAAGUUUCUACACUCGCGAAAUAUAAUUUUAGAAUGUACUGUACGACCUCGAGAAAAAAUCAGGAUUUCGUAUAGUAAUGAAAUGGUCAACGCAUUUCGUAUGCAAAUUUUGAUCAUUCCAAUCGCAGCUGCAUGCCGUGUGACUGAACUAAAAUUUUAUCCCAUUCCCAUGAUUUGAAACGAACUAUUUGAGAUUAACUUGAAUUUGAGAAACUUUCAGCUCAAAAAAGUAAGAGAUAACAUAAUAGCCAAAUAGGUAUAAUAGCCAAAGCCAAAGGUAUAAAGAGCAUGAAGGGAAAUUCUCAUUGUUUUCUUGGAAUUUAAAUAUUCUAAUAUCACUCAAACAGGAAGAGAGCUUUCAUACUUAUAUUUAUAACGAGAAGGCUAGGCAAAUACAGCUCGAAAAAGCAGUGACAACAUGGCGCUAAGUAAGUUUAUACUGGAUAUUGGCAAAGAAAUCGAAGUUAAGAGUGGUGCAGAGAUAAAUUUCACUCAAGGAACCACACGUCCUGGUCAGAAAUAGAUCACAGAAGGCCAGUUGUCUAAAAUGAAAGCUGUACAGCUUCGCACGACUGAACAGACAAAGAAUGAAAAUGCCGUCAAUCUUCAACAAUUCAAUCCAAGUUUGCUCCUAAAAGGGUCCUGCGACAUUCACUGCCGAAUCCCUGGAUGUUCGGUCACAACACGUCGACGUAAACCCACUCAUUCGUCUGAGAACAUCAAACAAGAUCUGUUUCUGUGCGAUACCCACCGUGCAAAGUUGACGAAUCUUGUCUCGAAGCGUUGUGCCCAAGAAGACGUCAUCGUAAACCCCGCAAGCUUCAAGUAUGAAGAUUUCAACGGCUAUACGAGUUUGAUUGGCGAACUUGAAAAAGCAUUUAUGUAUUUUCAGAAGAAAACGUCCCCUCUAAGUGCAAGUGAUUCCUUGCUUGCAGAGGUUUUCUUAAAUACUCGGAAUUUCCUCAUCAUUACAAAUGCGUUGCUCAACCCCGACGAAGAUUGUCCUGGCGCCGUGUAUGACAAUGUUUCAGAGAUUCCUAAGUUAUUUGAAUGAUCCCAAUUUACUGCAAAGUAUGCUUACAACAUUACGACAAGUCAUGAAUAUGGUCCUGCUAUUUUUUGGUGUGAUCUAUAGUUGGGUCUUCCUGGCAAACCCUGGCGGCCGAGUGGGCGGUGGUGUUGGUCUUUUGCUUGCUUUUGCCGGGGGAGUAGCUUAUGCCUUUCCCCUGGCAGGUAUUGUUGCCACUGCCGUGGUGGGUCUCGUCGCUGGAAAUCUCAUUGGCAGUGGUGGUUAUGGUUGGUAUAAAGACCAUUGUUACAUGAAAAUGCAACAACAGAUGAUUCAGGAAUAUCAGAAAUUUAUGUUCGAGUUGUUUGGACAACCCGUAGGUCAUCAGCCUAAAUUGAUUUGCUUGCCCGCCAAUACGGAUGGUGACCUUUUAAUAAAUCGGGAAUAGACUAGUAGAACAGCACAAUUGAACUUGCAUUUACAUGCCGACAACUUAAGAAAGCCUUUUGAAUUAAGUAUUUAUUUUUCAUGUAAAUGGUUUGAGUUUUCUUUAACUUUGAAACGUGUUCACAUUUAUUGUAACUUUUUGCAAAUGAUAGCCUACUUAAUUCUAUAAUAAAAAACAGGAUUACAAUUCGUGUUCGUUAUUUUUUAUUAAGGGGGUGUGGGGAGGGGUGUUGAGCUAUCAAAUCAUAAGGCUAUACGUCCUCGGUAAUCCGUUUUGUAUUAUUUCAGGUAAUUAGUCCAUUAUUCUCUAUUCCGUUGUGAACGGAGAAUAAUACGAAAACGGAUUAGUGUGGACAUAGCCUAAGAGACAGGGGGCAGACUAAAGGGAGGUUAUCAAAUCCUAAUUUUGGAGUCCAAAGCACUUUUCCAAAGUAGUAGUCCAAAAUCCUUUACGUAGUUUUCUAUGGUUAAGAUUUUGGCCUUUGGGGGCAUUGCUAUUUCUCUGAAAUGGCAUUUUAGAGACGUUUGAUUCCCCAGACUCGCCCUCAAUCAAGCCUAUCUUAGCAGGUGUUGGUUUCACAAUGGACACUACGUCUACUCUGAAUGGUCUGAUUAUAAUAUCAACCGUUAGUCGCAUCUGAGAACGGUCUUUCAGGUUGGCUCUAAAGACUACAGACUUUUUUUUCUCCAGGGAGAACAGUUUAGAUACGGCAAAGCUAACCAGUAUGAAUACAGCUAUUUUAGUUUAGUUCAGUUACAGCACUUCACACAAACAAAAAUGAGCAUGUCCUAGCAGUAAUUUGUCACUUUGUAAUGGCUACGUUGCUUUUUAUUUCUAGCGGAUGUAAUGAAGUCAAAAGGAGCGAAUACUAUUAUUGCUGUUGACGUGGGCUCAGAAUAUCCAGCGGAGUUAACUAAUUAUGGUGAUCAUCUAUCGGGAUGGUGGUUAUUAUGGAAGAAAUGGAAUCCUUUCAGUGAAAAAAUAUAUGUAAGUGGUGGAUGUCAACUGUUGAUAUGGUAUGGUAUGGUAUGAUGUGUGGUAUGGUAUACGGCAUGAUGUGUGGUAUGGUGUGUGGUAUGCUGUAUGGUAUAGUAUAGUGUGAUAUGGUGUGGUAUGGUAUGGUAUGUUACGGUAUGGUAUGGUAUGGCCACUAAUUUAUCAGUAGCUCACACUUUCUGUCAGGUGUUACCCUCAGUAAAUAAAGUCGAUAAAAUGAACUGAAAUAUGGUGUGGUGUGGUAUGGUACGGUGUAUGAUAUGGUGUAUGAUAUGGUGUAUGAUAUGGUGUGGUAUGGUAUCGUAUCGUAUGGUGUGGUAUUCUAUGCUAUAUAAUAAAUUUUCUUGUACACAAUAUUUAAUUACUUUUUGUAAUCUCGCUUCUAGAUUCCCAACAUGGCUGAGAUCCAGAGUCGUUUAGCGUACAUAUCGUGUAUGCGACAGUUAGAAGACUUGAAAGAAAAUAAAUAUUGUGAAUAUCUUAGACCUCCCAUAAACAGGUAAUUAACAUCUAACAAACCGCAUACUGUAGCAAUAUUUAAAACGAACUAUUUUCGAUCCAAAUGAGCAGGAAUGCAGCACCAGAUUUUGGGGCUCUUCGACUUCGAAGAAUAUAUAUAUAUAUAUAUAUAUAUAUAUAUAUAUAUAUAUAUAUAUAUAUAUAUAUAUAUAUAUAUAUAUAUAUAUAUAUAUAUAUAUAUAUAUAUAUAUAUAUAUAUGGCCUUUAGGUCAUAUUGAGCGCUCUACAGGAUGAGCCAUGCCGCUUACGCAUUGCGCACGCUCACUGCUUGCAGUUUGAGCGCUCUGGCAUGGUUUUGAUGUCCCACAAUCGUGAGGCAUCAAAGGUAACUAUAAAUAAGAGUUACUUUUCAUUCUGCUCAUCAGCACUACACUGAUGAGGCCCAUUAGGCCGAAACGGUACCGUCUGUAGUUAGAUAUCGCUCUAUGGCCUUUAGGUCAUAUUGAGCGCUCUACAGGAUGAGCCAUGCCGCUUACGCAUUGCGCACGCUCACUGCUUGCAGUUUGAGCGCUCUGGCAUGGCUUUGAUGUCCCACAAUCGUGAGGCAUCAAAGGUAACUAUAAAUAAGAGUUACUUUCAUCCUGCUCAUCAGCACUACACUGAUGAGGCCCAUUAGGCCGAAACGGUACCGUCUGUAGUUAUAUAUAUAUAUAUAUAUAUAUAUAUAUAUAUAUAUAUAUAUAUAUAUAUAUAUAUAUAUAUAUAUAUAUAUAUGUAUAUAUAUAUAUAUAUAUAUAUAUAUAUAUAUAUAUAUAUAUAUAUAUAUAUAUAUAUAUAUAUAUAUAUAUAUAUAUAUAUAUAUAUAUAAUGUGGCUUCAGCGUUUAGGUAGACAAACUUAUCAUUACACUGCCACGUCCGUUGAUCAAAAGUUAAUUUUACCUUUGUUACUUUUCAGAUAUCACACGUUAGAAUUUGGCAAAUUUAGUGAAAUUUUGGUACGUAUUUUCUCGCUAACAAUUUUUGGUCGUAAAACUUAGCUCCAGAAACUUUUACUUAUGACAGACAGAUACGAAGCUUCACAGCCAUUGUUUUCAUUGUAGAAAAUAGGUUAUGAUUAUGGUCAAGAAAUAUUUCAAGAGUGGGCAAAAAGUAAGAGGUCUGACCUGUUCCCAGAUCUUGCCACCAUUAGCUCUGUAAGUCGUCCUGAGGUAUGGAAUAUUGUGUCAGUGUAUGUCAUUACCUCAGCCAUGAGGUCAUGUUUUCAUCUGUGCUUGUAUGUGUAGCGCGAUAAUAUAAAAAAUAUCAAACGUAUUAAUACGAAAAUUUGCGAGACUAAUGGACUUUGCCCAAGGAAAAACUGAUUAAAUUUUGGUUAAAUUUCGAUGCAAAUUGGUUGAGAAAUUAACAAAAGUUUGUCUUGCCUUGCCCGGGCACAGUAAAUUGAAUGCAUAGUUAGCCCAUUGUAUAAUUUAUGCGUAAUGCAUAACUUAAUUUAAUACAACAAUAGAGUUGAUGUUCGCGGGCACAAUUAUAUUUUUAGCCUGACUCAGACUCAUUCUGAGGAGGACCAAAAACAUAUUUAUGCCUACGAAUAUCAACUGUAUUACUAUUAUAAUAACUUUAGAGGGCGAUUACAGUAUAAAAGAUAACAAAUAAACGACAAAUAGUAGAAUACAAUUGCAUUGCCGUCUUCACGCUGUAUACAUGCAUGGUUAUCUCGUUGUAUUAACUAUAAAAUCAGUUUAUAUACGAAGAGAAAUAAACUAAACCGUUCUCAACAGACAAAAGAGAAGAAUGAAAAAUAGUUUAUACAAUUUAUGAAGAUAUCUUACUACCGUAAACCCUUUAGGAUAUCGCUUUUUCCUUCUUGGAUAUUACGAAAACACCUUUUUUUCCCCAUUUUUAUAAAAAUCUCCCAGCUACUCUCUAGGAAAAUUUAAGAUGAAGACCCCCUCUUCCCCAUUGGAUAUCCACACCCUUCAAUAGUGGGGUGCACAUAUUAAAUGAAUGGCCCAUUCUAGCUUAUUUAAUUUUUGAAAAUAAAUAUAUUUUCUCUUUUUGUAUUUUGCUAUUUUGGCGGUAAAUUAAAAAAAAAUGUCCCCAGCUCAACACAUUUCUAUUAGAAUUUACAAUUUCGAAUUCAGCAGGCUAAAAUGUAUUUUACCCUGCUAAUGGUGCAUUUUAGCUAACAAAAUUCGCAAUAACGCUCGCUAAAGUCAUAAGGUAUGUUGUCUUCGAGUGCCCUCUGGUUGAAUAUGAAGUCGUUUUCGUACAUUUUAGCUUCAUGAAAAGCGACCAGUCAGCAACGUGAAAUCGAUCUCCGAUUUCGCCAAGCUCGUCUCGCGCGUUGAACACCCGCACAAACCCCUUAAAUUCAUCACAGCCUUGCCCGAGGGUUACGAGACCUCUGACGAUGAAGAUGGCGGCGCGGUCAGCGAACCUCAUCGCUCAGGAUCACUUGGGGAUCACGAGGAACUUCUAGGUGGUGGUGAUGGGGGGAACUAUGGGAUAGGAUUCUCUAGCACAGAUGACGCUGACUAUGAGGUUAGUAUAUAUGAAUGUUUUAGCCCAUGUACCUGGCUGGGUACCAGUUAUUUUUUUAUAAAUGUUCGCCAAUAUUUUUCAUAGUAAGGAAUGUCUCUUCGUUUAGAACUGAUAGAGCUAUCUAGUAUAAAUAAAGUUAGUUUAGUUUAGGUUUCCUUCUCUAUAUACAGUACGCUGGAUCAAUAAGAAAUUAUCCUUACUGGAAUUCUAGAAAGACCAGUCCAAAACUGAUAGAGCUGUCUAGUAUAAAUAAAGUUAGUUUAGUUUAGGUUUUCUUCUGUAGUAACACUGGAUCAAUAGGAAAUGAUCCUUACUGGACCUUUAGGAAGAACAGUUUAGAACUGAUACAGUUAUCCAGUAUAAAUAUAGUUAUUUUAGUUUAGGUUUCCUCUUCGAUUCAAAUAAGUAUUCAUUUCUUCUAUCCUAUCUUUUAGUCUGACGACAUACACGUUCGACGAAGGACUGGCGCUAGAAUGUUUCGCCUGAGCAGUUCAGAACCUCCUGAAUGAUGGUAUUUAAUAAACUACGGAUAUAAUGAAUUAAUAUAAAGAAUAUUUAUAUUUUGAUCAAAAUGUUGUAGUAUUUGUAAACUGUGUGACAUAUAUAUAUUUUAUAAUAACUUUUAUAAAACUGUGAAUCAUUUACAUAUAAAACAUUAAUUUAAUCAUAGAAAGCGCUGAAACGUUAAAAUGAAAGCUGAGAUUUGCUUAUUUUUUCACUGGGAAAAUGGGAUGUGCACCAUUGAGGUUGGGAUUAAAUUGCACCAGCAGUUUCGCUCCCGAGGUUUGGCAAAUCAGUGAGUCGAGUAACUGGGAUUUUGAAAAAAAUUGGCCGUUGGGAAGAAGUGACUGAAACCCAUGCACUCUGGUGUCACGACCAUAAUCAUAAUAAAUAUAAAUUAUUGUCAAUCAGAAAUCACUAUAAAGUUGCAUUUUUGCAACUGCUCCUGCGGUCAGGUCUAAUAAUAUGCAUAUAGACAAGAGUUUUUGGCUUGAAAUUUCCAUCUAUAGGAAACACCUUCAACAACUUUUCAAAAUAGUUGAGGUUAGUCACAACAAUGAGUGACUGAAUGGCAUGGAGAGCAGUGGGAUUUUCAAAACAUUGAGACAAUGGAACAUUCCGAUCACCGUAUUGUGACUAGUUGAUGAUGACGACGAUGAUGAUGUCACAUUCAUCCAUGCAUGCAGAAGGAGCUAAACGUGCUUAAGUCACAC